GAUGUGCAGUGCAUUGUGGGAUAGGCCGCCCGGCGCUGGAUGACUCUCUCCUCUGGGGCUGGCGCGCUGUAGCUUGGAGUUGGUGAGGAGCUGGGCGGUGAACAGGAGGUCCGGCCCCGCUAUUGUACCGUGUGGAUGAGAUGCUGCCAGACUUGCUGAGUUUCUCCAGCAAUUUCUGUUUUUGUUUCAGAUUUCCAGCAUUCGCAGUUCUUUGUUUUACAACAUGUGGUGAUGGCUGAGAAUGGAUGAUGAUGAACCCACCAUCAAACCUCGUCGCAUCGAGAAUCAGAAUGUUGUUUACCGCCUGGAGCGCCGGAGGAUCUAUUCCGGCAGGCCUGGAGCUCACUGGUACAUGGUGCGUUGCCUCCAUCAGAAUGUGUUUCCCAACUUCACUGUGGUUAACGUAGAAAAGCCGCCGUGUUUCCUGCGCAAGUUCUCUCCUGAUGGCCGCUAUUUUAUUGCAUUUUCCCUGGACCAAACCUCAUUGGAGAUCUAUGAGUACCAGGGCUGUCAGGCAGCUGAGGACCUCCUUCAGGGCUACGAUGGGGAGAUCAUGCUGAAUGGCGCCAAUGACCUGCAGUCUGUCAACAUCCGUGGCAAAUUGUUUGAGCGCUUCUUUGUCCUGCUGCACGUCACUAGCGUAGCGUCGAAUGGGGAGCACCUGAAUCGUGAGUGUAGUUUGUUUACUGAUGAUUGCCGGUACGUCAUUGUUGGCUCUGCUGCUUAUCUCCCUGAGGAGCCUCAUCCUCUCUUCUUUGAUGUUUACCGAAACAAUGAGUCUGUUACACCAAACCCUCGCUCUCCGUUAGAAGAUUACUCUCUGCACAUCAUUGACCUGCACACAGGGAGUCUUUGUGACACGAGGACCUUUAAGUGCGACAAGGUCAUUCUCUCGCACAACCAAGGGCUUUACCUGUAUAAGAAUAUCUUGGCUAUCCUCUCUGUGCAGCAUCAGACCAUUCACGUGUUCCAAGUUACCCCAGAAGGAACUUUCAUCGAUGUUCGAACCAUUGGGCGCUUCUGUUACGAAGACGACCUCCUCACUGUUUCAGCCGUGUAUCCUGAAGUGCAGGGUGACGCGCAAAAUGCCCCGUCACGCCCUUUUAAGGAGAAAACGUUGAACUCUUUAAAGCAUCGGCUGCUGGUAUACCUGUGGCAAAGGGCAGAAAGUGAUGGAAGCGCUGCUGCUAAGCGCCGUUUCUUUCAAUAUUUCGACCAGUUGCAGCAACUACGCAUGUGGAAGAUGCAGCUUCUGGAUGAGAACCACCUCCUGAUCAAGUACACAAGCGAGGAUGUGGUGACCCUUCGGGUCACCGACCCCUCUCAGCCAUCAUUCUUUGUCGUAUACAAUAUGGUGACCACCCGGGUUCUGGCUGUCUUUGAGAACACUUGUGAUGAGCUUUUACAGCUAUUUGAAAAUUUUUGUGAUCUCUAUCGGAACGCUACCCUGCACAGUGAGGCUGUGCAGUUUCCCUGCUCAGCAUCAAGCAAUAACUUUGCCAGACAAAUUCAGCGAAGGUUUAAAGACACUAUCGUGAAUGCCAAAUAUGGGGGACAUACGGAGGCAGUGAGGCGACUCCUUGGGCAGCUGCCUAUCAGUGCACAGUCCUACAGCAGCAGUCCGUACCUUGAUCUCUCUUUGUUUAGCUAUGAUGACAAGUGGGUCUCCGUCAUGGAACGGCCCAAGACUUGUGGUGAUCAUCCUAUCAGAUUUUAUGCUCGGGAUUCAGGUCUGCUUAAGUUUAAAAUCCAAGCAGGGCUCCUGGGACGGCCAAUUAACCACACAGUGCGACGCCUAGUGGCUUUCACCUUUCAUCCUUUUGAGCCAUUUGCCAUAUCAGUGCAGAGGACUAACGCAGAAUAUGUGGUUAGUUUUCACAUGCGGCACACGUGUGUAUGAUGACAGUGUGCAAUCAGUAAGCACUUGUGCUGCUUGGAUUUACUGUGGACCUUUAUGGACUGUCAUGAAGAGAUCCUAACAAACCUCAAACUACCAAAGGUGGAAUUUUGAACGUUGGUCAACAGUGGUAUUAUCCUUGGGUUAAAGUUAUAUUCAGGCUUCUGAUUCAUCUUCGAUAUCUGACCUGCUACAUGAUCAAGAGCUUUAAUGCAGCACUUGUCUCAGUUCAGAAAGUAAACCUUUUGUACGUGGCAUGUCUUGACUGUUAUCCCUAUCCCAGUGACCCUUUUAUUCAUUUUUAUUUUGUCAUAUAUUAAAUGCUAAAACUAUGGUAUAUCCAGACAUUUAACUAGUUAACUCCCAGCUAGAAGAUGGUGGACUUGGUGCAAUAAACUCUGUUCAUAGUUUUGCCAUUGUGUGUGUGGGGGGGGGGGGGGGGGGGGGGGGGUGGGGGGUUAGUGGUUGGGGCGAAGAAGUUUCAUUUUAAAUUGGGAACUGUAGAUGAAUGAGUCUUGAUGGUGACCCUGAGGAGGUGAAUGGGAUUUGGAGAAUGCUGGUAAAAUCGGAAAUAAAAACAGAAUCAUGCUGGAAAUAGAAAGCUUUUCAGUUCAAUUUGAAAAGAGGAAGCCCAGACAAAUAACCUUGUUUUGAAUGCUUCCAAAUAUCAGGUGGUCCUCCAAAAUUAUGACCUGCUCUUUAUUUCCAGCAGUUUUGUAUUUGCUCCCAGUAUUUGACAAGUGAAACUGGCUGUAAACUACCAGCUCUGUCAAAUUUAAGGUACUGUAGUCUUUUUAUUUCAUCGAUGUGAAUUUACUGAACCAGAAUUAAUUUUACUUGGAAGUGUCCUUUGCACACUUCAACUCUUCAAUUUUUUUGGAUAAGAAUUACUGUAUCAUCAAUUUCUAAUUUUACAAAUGAAAUGAUACAUUGGCUUUAAAUUUAUUUUUUCAUAUGAAUGCUACAUUUGGAAACACCUUUUUAUGUAUGAAUUUGUCACAUCAACUGUCAAACUUUUUAGAAAAUGGCAUGUUUGGUCUUCUGUUUCUUACUUCAUUUAUCACAGUAUGCAUGAUGUGGAGGUGCCGGCGUUGGACUGGGGUGGACAAAGUCAGAAGCCACAUGACACUAGGUUAUAGUCCAACAGGUUUAUUUAAAAUCAUAAGCUUUUGUAGCUGUGCUCCUUCAUUAGGUAAAGAGGUGCACAGGCACAGAAUAUAUAGGCAGAAAAACUUGAUGUCUGUGUCAAUAUGCAAGAUACAUUAUAGAAAUGAGACAGGUACUCAUGGCUUUAAAUGAUAUCACUUAUGUGGACAAUGCCAGAAACCAUUAGGUUAUCUGUGUACUCACUCCUUUUAAUUUCACCAUGAAAAACAUCACUAUUAACUGAUUAUCUCGUUUGUCAAACAUUUCUGUUGGUGGAAGCUUGUGUGCAAAUUGGAUGUUACUAUUCUUGCAUUACAACAGUGACUGUACUUCAAAAAUACACUCUUGGCUGAAAAA